CGGCUCUCUUUCACAGACCCAGCGAAAAUCGCGCGAGGGCCAUAAGCACCAACUGCCGUUAAUGGGUUGCUAAAACAGAAACAGGUGGCAUUUCUCAUCCAUUUCAUUUCGUCGCCCUAAUUGAUGCGUGGAAGCGGGGCUCGACGGCAAGAGGCGAAGCGUUCUCUGCCGCCUGUUCCUCCAUGCGGCUAGGUCUCGUUAGGCGGCAGUCGCCUGCCUUCUUCCAGCUCCAGCAGCAGCAGCAGCAGCGGUGGGCGCGGACGGGGCCGUUGUCGCGGGGCCACCGGGUGGCGGCGGCGGCGGCGGCGGCGAAGGGGGAGGGGAAGUCGGAGUGGUGGGUGGUGGACGGGGAGAUGCACGAGAUUGGGGAGCACGUCCCGCACCGGGAACGGUUCGUCAUCCCCAGGGACAACUUACCCAACAAGCGCCGCAAGCAGCUCCGCGAGCAGUUCAUGCGUCGCACUCGCAUCAUCCUCAAGGACUCGGAACAUGAGUCUUGGUGUAAACGGUAUAUGGAACUGUAUCAGGAACUUAGGGAGAACUGGGAAAGGCUGUACUGGGAUGAAGGUUAUUCAAAAAAAAUUGCCCAAGAUCAUGCCAACUAUGAUUCUGCUGAAGAUGAUGAUUCAGAUUUUUCACCAUUCAGGAGAAGGCAAUCUCAUGCAGAAGCAAAUAAGGACCAGGUCUUUGGAGGAAAUAAACAAGGCAAUACUUGGGAAAGGAUUACACAAAUUCGCGACAAGUUUGAAUAUGAUAGAGAGAGAAGAAUGAGAGAGAAAGCAUUUGCUCCCAUGAACAUGGCAAAUGGUUUUGGCUCACAAGAUCCAGAUUCCCGAAAUCAGCCUUUUGAUGCCAAGAAAUUCUUUCCACAAUCAUAGAGACUAAAUAGUUGGCAAUUACUGACCUGCAUGAAUGAAGAGCUUUAUCGACCAGCUCUCCAAUAAGUAUAGACUGAUUGUUCGUGUUAUAGGAUCUCUGGAUCUUUCUAGUUAAAUUAUGUGCUACAACAAAGUGAAGAAUAUUAUCAAACAAACCACCACUGAAGCUACCUCCUGUAAGCCAUCAGCAUUCCGUUUCUGAUAAAUUGAAUGCUAUCAAACAGAAUAUGUAGUUCUUUUGAGAGAAAUGAUGUAUUUUUGUUCAGGUCGCUUUAAUAUAAAUUAGCUUGUACGGUUUUAUAAGGGCA